AAAGAAGUGAGGACUGGGGUGAGGACCGAGCAUUUUGAAUUCUCAAGAUGGGGGUUGGUUUCCUGAUCGGAAUGAUUGGGCUUGCAAUUCUGGGUCACGCGGCUUACUCUACCAUUCAGUAUAGAAGUUUGUUGAAGAUCCUGGAGGAAGAAUUUUCGGGACCUCCUAUGAAUGUGGUGGUUGAACUGCUUAUAGGUUUAGCUUUCUGUAUGUUUGCAGCGUUAAGUGUGCCGGGGAAAUUCCUAUCCAUACUUCCUGAUUCGGAUGAGAACAGGAUAGUUUCAUUACCAGACAACCUAGACUUCAUGGUCUUUAACCACCGUGCCAAAGUAUUUCUCCCAGAGAUGGAUAUGAAGCUCAAACUUUAAGUGUGAGUUCAAAUCUAGUAAUAUUUGUCAACUGGUGGCUGAUUUAUGAGGGGCACCCAAUUCAAUUCUGAAACCAUCCUUACAAAUUUUGGAUUGUGAUUACCUUUCUGAUGAUUUUCUUAAUGCGUUACGGUUUUGGGUUAUAUGUCACAUGUUUAUUUGUAGACUGGUUGUAAACCUUCAUGCAAGUUCAAAUAUUUACUGAAGGCAAAAUAUUUAAAAACUAGAUUGCAAUUGAAAUGAGGGGUAUCAACUAUUUGAGUGCAAGCUAACAUCAGGUGGAAA